ACAAGAAUAUAGAUUUUAUUUUGGUUAAAUCGAUGGACGAGGGAACGAUGGCGAAAACGUUUAAAUAUACGCGCCUAGUUUGAAAAAUGGUUUCUUUUUUAAACAAAGUUAUAAAGUGCGGUUGGGUAUGUACAAACGUUGUUAUUGUGAAGUGUUUAUUUUUUCAAUCCAUAGAAAGUUCAAAUUUCAAAUUGUUUAAAUUCAAUAAAACUGUAGUUUCUUGUCGAUGUGAUGUGAAAGAUGGAAGACACAAUAAAAUAUUUCACGUUUUCUUUGAUUUUCUGCUUCGCAACUGCGGGUAGCAACGAUUCGUAUAUUUUACCAUGUAACAGUACUAUAUUCUGUACUGGACAAAUACUCCGUAAAGUACAAACGGCGCAUAUCUUUAACGAUUCAAAAACAUUUGUUGAUAUGCCAGCAAAGAUGGAAAUCACAAACGAAAUAAAAGAAAUUUUAAACCAAACAACACCAAAAAAGCUCAUGGAAAUGGUGCAAAAAUAUUUUUAUUUACCAGGAAAGGAACUUGUCGCUGUCAAUAUUACAAAAUCACCGAAGAAGCCGAAACUUUUUGAUAAAAUAAAAAGCCCGCGCUACAAACGCUGGGCUAGCCAUUUAUGUUCUGUGUGGUCGCGAUUAGUUCGUAAAAUGAAACCAGAAGUUAAAGAAAACAAGAAGAGGCAUUCAUUGAUUUACUUACAGAAGCCUUUCGUUGUGCCUGGUGGUAGAUUUCGUGAAACGUAUUAUUGGGACACAUACUGGUCGAUCGAAGGCUUGUUACAAUGCGAGAUGUACAACAUAACGAAAAAUAUUCUUGAAAAUUUUGUUCAAAUGGUUGACGAAAUCGGGUUUGUACCAAACGGUGGAAGGAAGUAUUACAAAAACAGAAGUCAACCGCCGUUUCUUACUUUAAUGUUUGAUUUGUAUUGGUCGCAUACGAAAGACAGCAACUUUUUACAGAGACAUAUGAAAACUCUCGUAAAAGAAUACAAAUUUUGGAUGACGUAUCGUGUCGUCGACUUAAAUACUCAGCAAUACCCACGUGUCAAAGGACCACUCAAGUUUAAUAUUUACAACACCAUGAUGGGAUAUCCUAGACCAGAAUCAUACAGAGAAGAUGUUGAAAUCAUGAUGAAAGCUGGCUAUAAGAACAACAAAACUGCACAGAGGGAGAUCUAUUCUCACAUAGCAUCUGCUGCGGAGAGCGGAUGGGAUUUUUCAUCCAGAUGGUUCAAAGAUGGAAUGAAUAUGACCAGCAUCCAGACAAGAAAUAUCAUUCCAGUGGAUCUAAAUUCGAUUUUAUGUUGUGUUGAAUAUACACUUGGAAAGUUGUUUAAUGAUGUUCUUAGCGACGCUAAAACGUCGGCUUAUUACACUGAAAUUGCUAAACAACGACAACAAUUAAUCGACGAGUUUUUAUGGAACGAAGAAUAUGGCUCGUGGUUGGACUACAAUGUACAAACAAAGAAACACGUAAAAGAGUUUUACGCUUCAAGCUUUUUUCCAUUAUGGAUCCUUGCGCACAAUUCCUCAAGUUUGAAUAAAACCAAGACUAACAAAGCCUUUGAAAAAUUCAAAAGUCUUAAAGUUUUCACCUAUGUAGCUGGUUUACCAACAUCUUUGAUAAAUUCUGGUCAACAGUGGGAUUUUCCCAAUGCUUGGCCACCAUUACAACACAUUGCUGUACACGGCCUCUCUAAAGUUAGUCCCGACGAAGAAAACGACAAGGCUAAAGUAACCGCAGCAUCGUUGGCAAAAAAAUUUCUGGAAACUGCAUAUCUGUCAUGGCUGUCAACAGGUCAUAUGUACGAAAAAUAUGAUGUGAAUGAACGUUCGAAAGCUGGCAAUGGAGGAGAAUACAAAGUACAAGAAGGCUUUGGCUGGACCAAUGGCGUCGUGUUAAAUUUUCUUAAUAAAUAUGGAGGAGUGCUCGACGCUCCAUCGUCAGGAACAACCAAGUUUAGUUCAGAGAUUGUAGUAAUAACAUUUGGAAUGGUACUCUACUUUUUAUCUUAAAUAAUUACACAAUGUAAGUCAACGUUAUUCUUUUUUCAUCCAUGAGAAGGAGAGCUUCACGGAGUUCGAGCGUCAACAUAGGCGCAUACAUAUCUAGUGUAUCUCUAACAAUCGUAUAUACGUUUCAUCUAUCUAUAUUCUCGUCUACUUCUGAGAGCAGCUUGUUUAUAUCUUCAGAACGAUUAAAAGCCGUCUGCAUACACGACUUUAGUAAACUUUCAGGAACUGGGCAUCCACCUAAAGUAUUGUAGAUUAUUAAGUAGCUGGCAACAUGGGCGAUUUUCAGACUA